CCCGUCAGUUUGAUUCCAAUCAACGCCGAGCGAACGCCAAAGGGAAUCAUGCCCGUCCCCAAGAAAGCAGGAAGAAAAAACAACGGUGCUGCAGAAGAAAAGCGACCUCCAUAUGAGCCAAAUAUCCCUGAACCAACCACCAGGGCAGACUUCAUGAAAUAUUGGUUCCCACUCUCCAUGGAUGAUAAAACUGCACAGAAACUGUUGUGGAUUUCAGAGGCCGGCGCCAAGGUGGCUCGUACCUCAGAUGCGGUCUGUCCGUAUCCCACCAGACCUGAGAGAUACGAACACUCACCGCAGGUCCUGUGUAAAGAGAACCUGCUGGGCUCUCGAGGAUACUGGGAGGUGGACUACGACGGCUGGGUGGUGAUCGGGGUGGUCGGUGAGAGCUCACCCAGGAAGGGCCACGAAGGGCCCUGCGGCCUCGGGGAGAACAGCGGCUCCUGGGGCGUCGGCUGGUCAGGCUCCUGCUACCAAGUCUGGCACAACGGCGAGAACGUGGACGUGCAGCUCCCCAUGACCUCCUGCAUGGGCGUCUACGUCGACCAACCCGCCGGCAUCAUCAAGUUCCUCUUGGUGGAGGGAGAAGGCGAGAAAGAGGUGCGGCUCAUUCACAAGUUCAAAGUCAACAUCCAGGAGAAGAUUUUCCCCGGGUUUUGGGUUGGCACAAAUUCGCACUGUCUUAUUCGGAAAAAGGAUCAGUGACACAGCAGCAGGUUUAGCAUGCAUGGAGACGAGCGGCUAGUAGUGUAAAUUUAAGAAGGUGUCGGGAGGUUUGGGGAACAAGUGUGGGGAGCUGCAAAGCUGAACUGAAGCGUGUCAUGAUGACAUCUUUAUAGAUUGUGUUUGCUUUCUCAG